GAAGCGUCCGGCCGCCACAGCGCCAGCUCCGUCGUAGUCGCGGCCGCCCGGGUCCCGCUCGCCCCUCCUCCCGCUCCCCCCGCCCGCCGCCGCCCGCGCGCAUGCGCCGCCGGAGCGCGAGGGUCGGCUUCGGGUGUGUGGUGGCGGCAGAGCGGAGCUGCGAGGCCCGAGAGUCAGAACCUGGGGGAGAGGGAUGGUCUCUGCACGGGGGGGAGCCGGAGGAGCCGCCGCCGCUGCCGACGCCACCGCCGCAGCCGCCGCCGCCGCCGCCCCGGCGCCCGCCUCCCGGCGCUGACGGCCGAGUACGAAGCCGGCGACGGGGAGCCAGCCACCGCGGCCGCCGGCGCGCCGCCCAGCAUGGUGCGGGAAACCAGGCACCUCUGGGUGGGCAACUUACCGGAGAACGUGCGGGAGGAGAAGAUCAUCGAACAUUUCAAACGCUAUGGCCGUGUGGAAAGUGUCAAAAUUCUCCCCAAGAGGGGCUCUGAAGGAGGAGUGGCCGCCUUUGUGGAUUUUGUGGACAUUAAAAGUGCACAGAAAGCUCACAACUCUGUCAACAAAAUGGGAGAUAGAGACCUCCGCACGGAUUACAAUGAACCAGGCACUAUUCCAAGUGCUGCUCGGGGAUUGGAUGAUACAGUUUCCAUAGCAUCUCGUAGUAGAGAGGUUUCUGGGUUCAGAGGAGGUGGUGGAGGGCCUGCUUACGGUCCCCCACCAUCACUUCAUGCACGAGAAGGACGUUAUGAGCGGAGACUUGAUGGGGCUUCAGAUAACAGGGAGCGUGCUUAUGAACAUAGUGCCUAUGGACACCAUGAACGGGGGACGGGAGCAUUUGAUCGGACAAGACAUUACGAUCAGGAUUACUAUAGAGAUCCUCGAGAGCGGACUUUACAACAUGGGCUCUAUUACACAUCUCGGAGUCGAAGUCCAAACCGUUUUGAUGCUCAUGACCCCCGAUACGAACCUAGGGCUCGGGAGCAGUUUACACUGCCCAGUGUGGUACACAGGGAUAUCUACAGGGAUGAUUUGACCCGGGAGGUACGAGGCAGAAGGCCAGAGCGGAAUUACCAGCACAGCAGGAGUCGCUCACCACAUUCAUCCCAGUCUAGAAAUCAGUCUCCUCAGAGACUGGCUAGCCAAGCUUCUAGACCCACCAGGUCCCCUAGCGGCAGCGGCUCUAGGAGUAGAUCGUCUAGUAGUGAUUCAAUCAGCAGCAGCAGUAGUACCAGCAGUGACAGCAGUGAUUCCAGCAGCAGUUCAAGUGACGACUCUCCAGCUCGAUCUGUUCAGUCUGCGGCAGUCCCCGCACCCACUUCCCAAUUGCUUUCGUCUCUUGAAAAAGAUGAACCUCGUAAAAGUUUUGGGAUCAAAGUUCAGAAUCUGCCAGUACGCUCUACAGAUACAAGCCUUAAAGAUGGCCUUUUCCAUGAAUUUAAGAAGUUUGGCAAGGUGACUUCAGUACAGAUACAUGGAACUUCAGAAGAGAGGUACGGACUUGUAUUCUUUCGGCAGCAAGAGGACCAAGAAAAAGCACUGACUGCGUCAAAGGGAAAGCUUUUCUUUGGAAUGCAGAUUGAAGUAACUGCAUGGAUAGGGCCAGAAACAGAAAGUGAAAAUGAAUUUCGCCCUUUGGAUGAAAGGAUAGAUGAGUUUCACCCCAAAGCAACAAGAACUUUGUUCAUUGGCAACCUUGAGAAAACCACUACUUACCAUGACCUUCGCAACAUCUUCCAGCGCUUUGGAGAAAUUGUGGAUAUUGAUAUUAAGAAAGUAAAUGGAGUUCCUCAGUAUGCGUUCCUGCAGUACUGUGAUAUCGCCAGUGUUUGCAAAGCUAUUAAGAAGAUGGAUGGAGAAUACCUUGGAAAUAAUCGCCUCAAGCUGGGUUUUGGAAAGAGCAUGCCUACAAACUGCGUAUGGCUAGAUGGGCUUUCUUCAAAUGUGUCAGAUCAGUAUUUAACACGACAUUUCUGCCGAUAUGGACCUGUGGUGAAGGUGGUAUUUGACCGCUUAAAAGGCAUGGCCCUGGUUCUGUACAAUGAGAUUGAAUAUGCACAAGCAGCUGUAAAAGAGACCAAGGGGAGGAAAAUCGGUGGGAAUAAAAUUAAGGUGGAUUUUGCAAAUCGGGAAAGUCAGCUGGCAUUUUAUCACUGCAUGGAGAAAUCAGGCCAAGAUAUCAGAGACUUUUAUGAAAUGUUAACAGAAAGAAGAGAGGAACGAAGGGGAUCCUAUGACUAUAACCAGGAUCGGACGUAUUACGAGAGUAUUCGGACUCCAGGCACCUAUCCCGAGGAAUCCCGGAGGGACUACCCGGCUCGAGGAAGGGAAUUUUAUUCAGAGUGGGAAACAUACCAAGGAGACUACUAUGAGUCCCGCUACUAUGAUGAUCCUCGAGAAUACAGGGAUUACAGAAGUGACCCCUAUGAACAGGACAUUCGGGAAUACAGUUACAGGCAAAGAGAACGGGAGAGAGAACGGGAAAGAUUUGACUCUGAGCGGGACCGAGACCAUGAACGGAGGCCUAUUGAACGAAGUCAGAGUCCUGUGCACUUGCGACAUCCACAGAGUCCUGGAGUGUCACCUUCGCAGUCAGAGCGGCUGCCGAGUGACUCGGAGAGGAGGCUGUAUAGCCGGUCCUCAGAGCGGAGUGGCAGCUGCAGCUCGCUCUCCCCACCACGGUACGAGAAGGUGGACAAGUCUCGUUUGGAGCGCUAUACAAAAAAUGAAAAGAUAGAUAAAGAACGAAUUUUUGAUCCUGAGAGAAUGGAAAGAGAGAGACGCUUAACACGGAAGGAGAAAAUGGAAAAGGACAAACCUGACAAACAGAGACGAAAAGGAAAGGUUCAUUCCCCUAGUUCUCAGUCUUCAGAAACUGACCAGGAGAAUGAGCGUGAACCGAGCCCUGAGAAGUCAAGGAGUUCCGGUAAACUGAGCAGAGAGAAGAUGGACAAGGAAGGAAUGGGGAAGAACCGCCUGGAACUCAUGCCUUGUGUGGUUUUGACUCGAGUGAAGGAGAAAGAGGGGAAGGUCAUUGACCACACUCCACUGGAAAAGCUGAAAGCCAGGCUUGAUAACGACGCUGCCAAGACUUCUGUCCUGGACCAGAAAGUCCAGGCUUCCCAGAUGGAGCCUGCAAAACCGGACUCCAAAGUGGAGCCUGCUAGAGGAAAAGUGGCCCGGGAGAAGGUGCUCAGCCACGGGGAGGUCGCAGACAAGGAGGGCAGGCCUAAGCCCCGGAAGCCCCUCAGGCCAGAGCAGGUCCCCGAGGGCCUGAGUGCAGUGGACCUGGAGAAGCUGGAAGCCAGGAAAAGACGAUUCGCAGACGCCAGUGUGAAAGCAGAAAGGCAAAAACCAGACGUGAAGAAAAGUAGUCCUGAGACGGAAGAUGCCCGUGUGCUCCUAAAGAAGCAGUCUGAGCCGUCAUCAAGGGAUGUCAUCCUGCUGCGGGAGGGGGAGUCUGAAAGGAAGCCUGGGCGAAAAGAAAUUCUUAAAAGAGAAUCUAAGAAAAUCAAACUGGACAGACUUAAUACUGCUCCCAGCCCCAAAGACUGUCAGGAGCUGGCUAGUGUCUCUGCUGGGCCUGGCUCAAGGCCCAGCUCAGACCUGCAAGCAAGACUGGGAGAACCAGGAGGUGAAUCUGUGGAAAAUCAAGAAUCUCAGUCAAAAAAACUCACCCCUUCCAAACCACAGUUCAAACAGCUACAGCUCUCUGACGAUCAGGGACUGGAAAGAGAGGAUAGCAGGAAAAACUGUUGCAGUGCUCGUGAAGAAACAUCUGAACGCAAACCAGGCCAAGAGAAACCACAUGUGGUAAAUACUGAAGAGAAAAUUGGCAUUGACAUUGAUCACACACAGAGUUACCGCAAACAAAUGGAACAGAGUCGUAGAAAACAGCAGAUGGAAAUGGAGAUGGCCAAGUCUGAAAAGUUCGGCAGUCCCAAAAAAGACAUCGAUGAGUACGAAAAACGCAGCCUUGUCCAUGAGGUGGGCAAACCCCCUCAGGACGUCACCGAUGACUCACCCCCCAGCAAAAAGAAAAGGAUGGACCAUGUUGAUUUUGAUAUCUGCACCAAAAGAGAGAGGAAUUACAGAAGUUCACGCCAAGUCAGUGAGGAUUCUGAAAGGACUGGCUGUUCUCCCAGUAUCCGCCACAGCUCCUUCCAGGACGACGACGACCCCCUGGGCUCUCCUCGGCCAACAGCCGUAAAAGGGUCUCCCAAAGUGGAUGAAAAAGGUCUCCCUUACUCCUGUGUAACAGUGAGGGAAGAGUCCUUAAAAUUUAAUCCCUAUGAUUCCAGCCGGAGAGAACAGAUGGCAGACAUGGCCAGAAUAAAGCUGUCUGUCUUGAAUUCUGAAGAUGAGCUAAAUCGUUGGGACUCUCAAAUAAAACCAGAUGCCAGCAGAUUUGAUGUGAGCUUCCCAAACAGCAUCAUCAAGAGAGACAGUCUGCGAAAGAGAUGUGUGCGCGAUCUGGAGCCGGGGGAGGUGCCUUCUGAUUCCGAUGAAGAUGGCGAACACAAGUCCCACUCGCCCCGGGCUUCUGCAGUGUAUGAGAAUUCCCGGUUGUCUUUUUUAUUGAGAGACCGAGAAGACAAAUCACGUGACCGGGAUGAGAGACUUACUGGUUCUCUAGAAAGGAACAAGUUUUAUUCUUUUGCACUGGAUAAGACAAUCACGCCAGACACGAAAGCUUUGCUCGAACGAGCUAAAUCUCUCUCUUCAUCCCGAGAAGAAAACUGGUCUUUUCUUGACUGGGACUCCCGAUUUGCUAAUUUUCGAAACAACAAAGAUAAAGAAAAAGUUGACUCUGCUCCGAGGCCCAUCCCAUCCUGGUACAUGAAAAAGAAGAAGAUCAGGACUGACUCAGAAGGGAAAAUGGACGAUAAAAAAGAUGAUCAUAAGGAAGAGGAGCAGGAAAGACAAGAACUGUUUGCCUCUCGUUUUUUACACAGCUCCAUCUUUGAGCAGGAUUCCAAGCGGCUGCAGCAUCUGGAGAGGAAGGACGAGGAGGCCGACCUCCCUCCCGGGAGGCCGUACGGGCGGCAGGUGUCCGACGGACCGCACACCGCCAGCGAGGCCGUCCAAGAGCCGGUUGUUCUCUUCCACAGCAGAUUCAUGGAGCUCACCAGGAUGCAACAGAAAGAAAAAGAAAAAGACCAAAAACCCAAAGAGGCUGAGAAGCAGGACGAGGCGGAGACCCAUCCCAAGACCCCCGAGCCCGCUGUGGAGAGCAGAGAGCCGGAGCUGAAACCGCCGCCGCCCGCCAGGCUUCCCGCCGCAGCCCCCGCCGCAACUCCAGAAACAGCCCCGGCCGUGCCGGAGAAGCCCGCCGAGCGGGGAGCCGACGCCCCUCCCGCGCCCCCGGAAGAGCAGCCCGCGGAGCCGGCCGCCGUCCUCGAAGAGGCAAAGCCGGGAGCCGAGCUGGCGCCUGUUUCUGGGGAACCGCUGGAACAAGUAGACGCGGCCCCGCGAGCAGACGGUGGCCACCAGGCUCCCGUGGCCGCCCUCCUCGUGGAAGAUGGCUCGCCCGUGGACCCCCCGCCCUGCGUGGACUCGCAGCCCCCGCCGCCCGCGCCCUCGCUCUCCCAGCCCGAGGGCAGCGUGGAUCCCGAGCCCGAGGGCCCCCAGCCGCCCCCCAGACCGGGGCCCAGGGCCGAGGACGCCGAGGAGCCCAGAGCGGAGAGGCCGGCCGCGGCCGGGAGCGCGGACCCCGGGGCCGGUCAGAGGGCCGAAGGGGCCCCCGAGGCCCAGCCCCAGGCCCCGGAGGACGCGGGGGCGGAUCCGCCCGCCUCCACGAGAGACCGGAGGCCGAGCAAGAGCAAGCGCGCCAGGACGCCCGCGGAGAAGCCGGUCACCCGGAAGAGCGAGCGCAUCGACCGCGAGAAGCUGAAGCGCUCCACCUCCCCCCGGGGAGAGGCGCAGAAGCUUCUGGAACUGAAGAUGGAGGCAGAGAAGAUCACGAGGACUUCUUCCAAAAACUCCGCCGGGGACUCGGAGCCCCCCGAGCCGAGCCUGCCGGUCGGCCGCACGCGGCGCCGCAAUGUCAGGAGCGUGUACGCCACCACCAGCGACCCCGACGGCCGCUCGCCGGCCAAGGAGCCCGCGGAGCCGCUGCGCGUGACCCGGAAGAGGCUGGAGCGCGAGCUGCAGGAGGCCGCCGCGGCCCCCGCCGCCCCCCGGAGGGGCCGGCCCCCCAAAACACGCCGGCGGGCCGAAGAGGACGAGGGCGCCGAGCCCAAGGAGCCCGCGGAGCCGCCCAGGCCCGCCGAGGGGUGGCGGUCCCCGCGGGCCCAGAAAGCCGCCGCCGGCCAUCCGGGGAAGAGGGGGAAAGCGGAGCCCAAGGUGGAGGCCGAGCGGGCGGACGCCGCGGCCAAGGAGGGCGGCGCGCGGGCCAGGGGCGACCGCGAGGAGGCGGGCGGGGACCCCAAGCGCGAGCGGAGGGACGCGCCCCCCGGCAGACACGCGCCCGACGUGGAGGCCGCGGAGAAGAGGCCGGCCCCCGAAAAAAACGCCAAGUCCAAGCGGGGCCGCUCCCGCACCGCGCGCGGCGCCGCCGACAGGGCGGCGCUCCUGAGGAGCGUGGCCGCGGGCCUCGCGGGGCGGCCGGGCCCGGCCGGGGACAGGGAGGCCGCCAUCGUGGCCGUCUCCCCCGAGAAAAGCGAGAGCCCCCAGAAGGAGAGUCGGUGCCCGCCCCAGUCGAGAGCCACGCCCGCGGACCCGGACCGGGAGUCGGGGCGCGAGGAGCUGCCCCCUGCCCCGCGGCUGUCCGCCGAGGUGGCCCAGCUGGCCAAGCAGAUGGAGCUGGAGCGGAUGGAGCUGGAGCGGGCCGUGGAGAACAUCGCCAAGCUGGCCGACGCGGCGCCCCGGGGCGCGCACAAGGCCGCGGCCAUGGCGGCUGCGGGGCUGGCCGCCGAGGACCGCGACAAGCCCGCGCCCCAGGCCAGCGAAACCGAGCUGGCCGCCGCCAUCGGCUCCAUCAUCAGCGACAUCAGUGACUCCCCCGCCGCGCCCCCCUUCCCCGCGGAGUCCCAGACCGACCUGCCACCGCCCGGGGAAGCGGCGGAGCCCGAGCCCCACCAGCCCGUGCCGGCGCUCGGGGAGGCCGCCUUGCAGCCCCCGGGGCCCGCGGUCGGUGCCCUGACCCCCUCGGCGGGUGCCCGGGAGGCGGGGGGAGAUGGCAGCGACACCGCCCGCCCGCCCCGGCAGGCCCGAGGCGCCCGAGAAGGGGCGGCCACCCUCGCUCGCAAGGACAAGGGCCGCCAGAAGACCACGCGGUCCCGCCGCAGACGGAAUACGAACAAGAAGGCGAGCGCCGCCGCCGCCGCCGCCGCCGCCGCCGCCGAGCCCCCGAGCGCCGCCGCCGCCGCGGACGCCGACCCGGCCCCGAGCCAGAGCCCUGCGGCCGGCGAGGCCGCGCGCCCGGCGCCGGACCCGCCACAGGAAGGGGCGCCGAGCGACAGGUCCCUCCCCGCCCCCGCCCCGGGCUGCGCCUCCGACCCCAGCCAGACCCCGCCCGCCGAGGGCGUGCCCCAAGACGGCAGCGCCGAGGAAAAGACGCCCCCCAAAGCGCCCGCGCCCCCGGCCCUCCCCUCCCCACCCCGGCCAGCUCCGGUGGACGACGAAGCCCAGGCCAGGUUCAAGGUGCAUUCGAUCAUUGAGAGUGACCCCGUGACCCCACCCAGCGACUCGAGCCUCCCCCUGCCCGCACUCCCCUCCGUGACGGCCGCCAGGCUCGCCGCCCCCGGCCCCUCCGGGGCGGCCCCGCACCAGAGCCCCCCCACGAAGCUGGCGGAGUGGAUGCCGAGGCCCGAGGAGCCCCCGCCCCCGUCCACCCCGUCCCCCGCCCUUCCCCCGGACACUAAGGCCUCUGACGUGGACACCAGCUCCAGCACGCUGCGGAAGAUCCUCAUGGACCCCAAGUACGUCUCGGCCACCGGCGUCACGGCCACCAGCGUCACCACGGCCAUCCCGGAGCCCGUGAGCGCCGCCCCCGCGCUGCACGCCGCGCCGCCCCCGCCCGCGGAAGCCAAGAAGCCCCCUUCGGAGGACGGCCCCGCGGUGCCCGCCCUGCCCUCCGCCGACACGCAGGCCUCGCAGCUCCCCGUGACCGCCGACAAGGACAAGGUGGCCCCCGUCAUCGCCCCCAAAAUCACGUCUGUCAUCAGCCGGAUGCCGGUCAGCAUUGACUUGGAGAACUCGCAGAAGAUCACUUUGGCCAAGCCGGCCCCCCAGACUCUGACGGGCCUGGUGAGCGCCCUGACGGGCCUGGUCAACGUCUCCCUGGUGCCCGUGAACGCCCUCAAGGGCCCCGUGAAAGGCUCCGUGGCCACGCUGAAGGGGCUGGUGAGCACCCCCGCGGGGCCCGUGAACGUGCUCAAGGGGCCCGUGAACGUGCUCACCGGGCCCGUGAACGUGCUCGCCACGCCCGUCACCGCCGCCGCCGUGCCCUCUGGGGGGGUGACGGCCACAACGGGCACGACCACCAUGACCACCAUGACCACCAUGACGGGCGCCGCAGCCACGCCGUCCGCCAAAGGCAAGCCGAGGUCGGGCAGCAGCGAGAACAACCGCUUCCACCCCGGGGCCAUGUCCGUGAUCGAUGACCGGCCCGCAGACACGGGCUCGGGGCCGGGGCUGCGCGUGAACACCUCGGAGGGGGUUGUGCUCCUGAGCUACUCGGGCCAGAAGACCGAGGGCCCGCAGAGAAUCAGCGCCAAGAUCAGCCAGAUCCCCCCGGCCAGCGCCAUGGACAUCGAGUUCCAGCAGUCGGUGUCCAAGUCCCAGGUGAAGCCCGACCCGGCGCCGCCCUCGCAGCCCGCGCCCAAGGGCCCGCAGGCCCCCUCGGGCUUCGCCAACGUGGCCACGCACUCCACCCUGGUGCUGACCGCGCAGACCUACAACGCGUCUCCCGUGAUCUCGUCGGUGAAGGCCGACCGCCCGGCGCUGGAGAAGCCCGAGCCCAUCCACCUGUCGGUGUCCACGCCCGUCACGCAGGGCGGCACCGUGAAGGUGCUCACGCAGGGCCUCAACACGUCCCCCGUGCUGGUCCACAACCAGCUGGUCCUCACCCCCAGCAUCGUCACGGCCAACAAGAAGCUCGCCGACCCCGUCACCCUCAAGAUCGAGACCAAGGUCCUCCAGCCGGCCAACCUGGGGCCCACGCUCGGCCCCCCGCACCCCCCGGCGCUGCCCGGCAAGCUGCCGGACGCGAACCACGUGGCCCCGGGAGCCGGCGCGCCCGCCGAGCGAGCCCUGCCCCACCCGGCGGCCGGCAAGGCGGAGGCGCCCUCGCCCCGCCCCAGCGGGCCCGCGCCGCCCUUCCCGCGGGCCUGCCACCCCAGCAGCACCGCGUCCACCGCGCUGCCCACCAACGCCACGGUCAUGCUGGCGGCCGGCAUCCCCGUGCCGCAGUUCAUCUCCAGCCUCCACCCCGAGCAGUCGGUCAUCAUGCCCCCCCACAGCAUCACCCAGACCGUGUCCCUCGGCCACCUGUCCCAGGGCGAGGUGAGGAUGAGCACGCCCGCCCUGCCCAGCAUCACCUACAGCAUCCGCCCCGAGGCGCUGCCCCCGCCCCGCGCGCCCCCGCAGCCCCAGCAGCUCGAGGUGCGCGCCCCGCCCCGGGCCGGCACGCCGCAGCCGGCGCCCGCCCCCGUGCCCGCGCUGGCCUCGCAGCUGCCGCCCGAGGAGGAGGUGCACUACCUCCCGGUGGCCCGCGCCGCGGCCCCCGUGCAGUCGGAGGUGCUGGUGAUGCAGUCCGAGUACCGGCUGCACCCGUACACCGUGCCGCGGGACGUGAGGAUCAUGGUGCGCCCGCACGUGACCGCCGUCAGCGAGCCGCCCCGCGCCCCGGACGGCGCGGCCAAGGCGCCGCCCGCCAGCAAGGCCCCCCAGCCGCCGGCCAAGGAGCCCGCCAAGCCCCCCGACGCCAAGGCCGCCGCCGCCGCGCCCGCGCCCGGCGAGGCCCGCAUCCUCACCGUCACCCCCGGCAGCCAGCUGCAGGGGCUGCCGCUCACGCCGCCCGUGGUGGUGACGCACGGCGUGCAGAUCGUGCACUCGAGCGGCGAGCUCUUCCAGGAGUACCGCUACGGCGACAUCCGCACCUACCACGCGCCCGCGCAGCUCUCCCACGCCCCGUUCCCCGUGGCCUCGCCCAUCGGCCUGCCCUCCCGCGCCAAGACCCCGGCCCAGGGCCCCUCGGAAGGCGAGCCCCUGCCGCCCACCCCCUCCACGCAGCCCGCCUCGCCCCUGUCGGCCGCCCAGCCGGCCCCGCCCGUGCCCGCCGGCCAGCCCGGCCCGCCGCCCAGCAGCAAGAAGCCGCCGGUGUCCCAGGAGGCCAAGGGGACCCAGACUGGAGGCGCCGAGCAGCCGCGCCCCCCGGCCGUCCCCGCGAGCAGGCCCCCCGAGCCCCACGCCCAGCUCCAGAGGGCGCAGGCGGAACCGGGCCAGGCGUCGCACCCUUCCCCCGUGUCGGUCACCAUGAAGACCGACCUCCCGGCCCCUCUGCCCCCCCAGGCUGCCCCCAAGCAGCCGCUGUUCAUCCCCACCACCUCGGGCCCCAGCACCCCGCCCGGACUCGCCUUGCCGCACACCGAAGCCCAGCCAGCCCCGAGCCCGGACUCCUCCCUGCACCUGACUCCCCAGCGGCCUGUGGACAUGGUGCAGCUUCUCAAGAAGUAUCCCAUUGUGUGGCAGGGCUUGCUGGCCCUCAAGAACGACACGGCUGCCGUGCAGCUCCACUUUGUCUCAGGCAACAACGUCCUGGCCCACCGCUCGCUGCCCCUCUCGGAAGGAGGCCCCCCGCUGAGGAUCGCCCAGAGGAUGCGGCUGGAGGCCUCCCAGCUCGAAGGGGUUGCGCGGAGGAUGACGGUGGAGACGGAUUACUGUCUGCUGCUAGCGCUGCCCUGUGGUCGCGACCAAGAGGACGUGGUGAGCCAGACAGAGUCCCUCAAGGCCGCCUUCAUCAGCUACCUGCAAGCCAAGCAGGCGGCAGGGAUCAUCAACGUCCCCAACCCCGGCUCCAAUCAGCCCGCCUAUGUGCUGCAGAUCUUCCCGCCCUGCGAGUUCUCUGAGAGUCACCUGUCCCGCCUGGCCCCGGACCUCCUCGCCAGCAUCUCCAACAUCUCCCCACACCUGAUGAUCGUCAUCGCCUCCGUGUGAGGCGGCGCCGGCCCUCAACCCCGGCCAGGGCAGCCCCGGCAGGCGUGGGGGAGCUGCUGCUGGGGACAGACCACCAGAGGCCAGCUUCCUGCACUCGCCCGCCCGCCCAGCUCCGAGGGGCGGACCUCUGGGCGGAGGUGCUGCUACUUUGUAUGUUUACACGACACUUUUCACCCAGGACAGACCACCGCCGGAUGCACCGACCGCAGACUCCUAGGGGCUGGGUUUCUGUCUCCUCUUCGGGGAGAAAAGGAACAGGGCAAUGGAAUGAAUCUUUUUUUUUUCUUUUUUUAUAAGAAACAAGAGAACUGCCUUUGCACUAAAUUAGUGACUUGGAUUUUUUUUGCACAGUGAAGAUAGGCUGUGACACUGGACACUCGUGUACAGGAACACACAUCACGGACUCUUAAUGCUGGAACCUUGGGGGUCAAGGAACAUUUCAUUGGGGUUUUUUUGCCCCGCCUCCUCCCUUCCCUGCUCAUUGGAUGUGUCACCUUUCUCAAUUCUCCUGCUGCCACCACCUUCGACUCACGAGGAUGUACAGUUUCAAUCAAACGCGCAAACAGAAGGAUUUCCUUUCUUGGUGGGACAUGCAGAACUUGGGGUGUGUAUAUAUAAAUAUAUAAUAUAUAUAAAUAUAUAUAAUACUGACUUAAAAAUCAAUUUCCCCGACAUACAUUUUUUUUAAUCUGUGCCAAAAAUGUGUUUUCAAAGAAAAUCUUAUUUUCAUACUCAGACUUUGUACUGUCACUCAUUGUCUCUGCGCUUGGCCGCAGCCCGGGUCUUCCUGCCACGUGGAAGCGUCUGUCACCCAGCAUCUGUACGGGACCGGCCAGUCCCCCUGCGACCCGGACCGCCCCAGACCUCCUAACACUAUUAAUUUAUGAAACUGUUUUCCUCAGCGCAGUUUUGUUUUGUGUGUCCAUUGGAUUACAAACUUUAUUAAAAAAAUACAAAACA